UUUUCCCUCCCUAAUUUCCCCCAAAUUUUCAGAUUUUCCCUCCUUUUUCUUUCGCCUACAAAUUAAAGACUCAAUUUUUCUGGGUUUCUCUUAUUUUCAAUCUCAUUUCAAAGUUCUUAGAUUCGUCUUCCUUUACUUCAUCUUCUUUACUCGCCACCAUAUUUGUGUUCUUAAGCAGUCAGAAAGAAAUUCGAUGAGUGCAGUCAACAUUACUAAUGUUGCCAUUUUGGAUAAUCCAGCACCGUUUCUCAGUCCAUUUCAAUUCGAGAUGUCCUAUGAGUGUGUCGUUUCUCUUAAAGAUGAUAUAGAAUGGAAACUCAUCUAUGUGGGAUCAGCUGAAGAUGAGACUUAUGAUCAACUCUUGGAAAGCGUGCUUGUAGGACCUGUCAACGUGGGCAACUAUCGUUUUGUUCUUCAGGCAGACCCACCAGAUCCAUCCAAAAUUCGCGAAGAAGAUAUCAUUGGUGUCACGGUGUUGCUAUUGACAUGCUCUUACAUGGGACAAGAAUUUAUCAGAGUUGGAUAUUAUGUGAACAAUGACUAUGACAAUGAACAAUUAAGAGAAGAACCACCUCAGAAGGUGUUGCUUGAUAGAGUUCAAAGGAAUAUUUUGACUGAUAAGCCAAGGGUUACAAAAUUUCCCAUAAAUUUUCACCCAGAAGAGACUGAACACAGUGAGCAGCCUGCAGCAUCACCUCAUGAGCAACCUGCAGAAAUCAUUGAUCAAGAGCAACUUCCACCACAAGAGCAGCCUGCAGAAAGCAAUGGACAGAACAAAAUCCCGCCACCAUCACCAUCUCUGGAUAAGCCGGAAUAGAUUUUCGCAAAAUAAUUGUAGUUGCUUCUUGCUGAUAGCAAGAGAGAACUAGUCACAAUGAUUUUGAUAGCAAUUCUAGAGGAUGUGAAACCGCAUAGAAAUCAUACAAUGUGAAUUGUUUUAGGAGAUGCUCAAAUGUACACAGUACGCUUGUAUUGUUAGAUCAGCAAUCACAUACUAGUUUGAACCUCAUUAUUUAUAAUGAUCAGCCUUCAGUUUUGAGAUCUUAGUGUGCUCCUGGUUUAGUGUAUCUUAUUGUUACUGUAAGUCUGUAACCAUGUGCAUGUCUAUGGUCAUGUCCGUCAAACUUCAAAGACAUUACUUUGAUUUCUGGUAACUGAGUUUUAUGUCGUGUUUGUUUCCUUUUUCC